CGCUUCACACGGAGACGGAGGACCUGAAACAAGACAAGAGAACGCGUCUCUUCCUCCCCUCUCUUCUCCUUCUUCUUCUUCCAGUGCUUGACUGACUCCCCCUCUUCUUCCAUCUUCUGCUUCUUCUUCCUCCGGCCGCCCUUUUCCUUUAAGGCCACUCAGUGAACACACUGCUUAGUUUCCCUCGAUCGACUUAGUUUUCCCCUUGUUGUUUGCCGGCCGAUCCUCGGCUAACGAACUUAUCAACCCUGACUCCCAUCACGGGGAAUUCUGUUUUCUGUUUACAGGUCGUCCUCUGCUCCUUCACCUGGCCGGGCGUACGUCCGUACUUGACAAUUCACAAACAAGAGACAUAGAGUAACUACGAGGAUGCAACAGGAUGGAUGAGAGCGUGCACACGGUGAACGCGGCGGCCGUCGUCCUGGCCGCCGCCGCACGGAGCAGCACCGGCCUGCACCGCCACCACAACCACCUGCAGCAGCAGCUUCUUCGCGACGACCACGCCACCGCUGCUACGAGGAAAAUCCGAUGGUGGUCGCGGCUGAAGGCGAAGCUGUGCUUCCGGCCGCCUCACGUCCACCCGCGGCGCAUCGCCGACGACGCGUCUUCCUCUUCCCCGCAGCCGGCCACAUCCUACAGCGUCCACCACGCGCCGCAGCCGGUCUUCGCCUUCGUCGCGCCGCCGUCGUCCCCCGCGACGUCCCUCCUCCACUCGGAGGCGCCAUCGCCGCCGGCGCUCCUACUCGGCGGCCACGGCAUCAACUCGCCGUCGCCGCGCUCCAUCUUCGCCGUGGGACCUUACGCGCACGGGCCCCAGCAGCUGGUCUCCCCGCCGGUGCUCUACUCCGCCUUCACCACGGAGCCGUCCAGCGCGUCUCUCACGCCCCCGGCGCCCGACCUCCACCUGGCCCUGGCCGCGACCACCAACCCGUCGUCCCCCGAGGUCCCCUUCGCUCGCUUCCUCGCCUCAUCGACGUCCAUGGCGGAGCAGCAGAGCUGCGGCGGGCUUUUGCAGGCGGCGUACCAGCUGCAGCCGGGGAGCCCGAUCCCCCCCGGCGUCUCGCCCUCGCCCUCGCCGCAGCCGUUCUUCCGGAAGCUGCACCGGCGCAAUGAGGGGUCGCUUCUCGACGGCCACAUCCCCGUGCUGUCAACAAGCGGCGCCGGUGCUGGCAGUGAUCAGGAGGAAGAAGGUCGAGGUGGUAGCGGGGGAGACGAUGAUGACGAGGUGCCCAAGAGCGGGGAGUUCGUGUUCGGCAAUGCCGAUGAUGGCGCCGCGGAGGAUGUGGACGGCAACAGGUGGCCGGCAUUUCCUCCCCGUGGCUGACUUUUCGAAUUCGAAGAGCAUAUUCAUUUCUGUUAUAGUAGUACUCUUCUCUUGGGUGUUCAGUGUUCACUAGCGACAGACGACAGUGGCCGGUGCAGGCGUGAAAGUGAGCCUGACCAACUAAUUAAGAGCCAUUCAUCGUGUUUUCAGUAGCGACAGACGACAGCAGUAUCAGUUCUCCAGUCCCAAUCUCUUGUAAUUGUUGCCUGCCUAAGCAAGCAUCCAUGUACAUAAAACAAGAAGUUAAUAGCCUCUUUACUUCUUUAGUUA